ACCGCUUUGCACCGCAUUAUGGCUGCAUCAAUGAAAGAACAAGACACGGCAGAGGUGAGGAGUGCACACCACAUAGACGACAUCUUCCUCAUCGAUAUGUCAGAGGCAGGAAUGACACCAGAAGCGCCGAGCGCUAUGAAAGCUGACGCUGUUAAUAUGUCCACGGAUUCAGUUGAAAUACUUACUGUACAGCAAUUCAUCAAACGGCAACUCUAUAAGUUAGUGCAGCGGUUCAGCAUCUAUUUAAAUAUACUUUUAUACGCGCUUUAUGCCAUUAUGCAGCACAUACCACUGAGGUCCUUUGCGGACGGUAGACGGCUUAAAGGUAUCAACAACAUCAGAGCUUUAAAGAAGUGCAAUAACAGCGACCAAGUGAUGAACUACGUUUUGGCGCAUAUCACUAAACAAGAAUGCUGUACUUCUGGUAUCGAUAGACGUUAUACGCUGAAUAACGUUCUUCUGUGUGGGCUACUUAGCAACCACAUAAAAACUGUGUUGGCUAAAAACAAUUUGGGGCUGGAACUCACUUUGGUACUUAGAGUGCUGGAUUAUGGCAUUCAGAGGCUAGAAUACGAAUUCGGCGAUGUUGCCAGAUUGUAUUCUAGACUUCCUGGAAGAGCUCAGAGACAAGACUUAGGUACUCCUUGGCCACUGCUAGAAGGGUACAGCUAUAAAGGGUUGACGUGGACUUAUGAAGAUUUUUGUUUUAGGCUGUUAUGCUAUGCUUCGUUCGACGAGCAUGUGGGUAGGGUUGGAGAUAUAGCAUCUCAUGGAGCGCACAAUAUGGCUUCUCACGACAGCCUAAACGUGCAGUAUUUAGUAAGACAUGUUAUUUUUUCCACCGUCUUAACUCAAGAUUACAGUGUAUUGUAUGCCUCUGGAGGAGAUAUAUCGUGCCUAGAAACAGAACUGGUCGUAUUAUUGCGUCAGGACUCAGGAAACGACUUUUUUCACUUACGAAGGCUAUUGCGUAAGCACAUUCUCAUCAAACUUGAUGACGAGGCCAACCAUACUGAAUUCAAAAAUCUCAAAGUUACAUACUUACCUGCGGCAGCUACUAUCUUGGCACUGAGAAAGAAGAAGAACCGUUUAGUAGUACACCAUCGGAGCGCUAAAACCGGCAAAAGGAAGGAAUCCACCAUGACGAAAAGAAAAGACCCCACAAGUCAUACGAGCGGUGCUAAGCAUGAUAUUAUAGUACGUAAUGAGCAUUCAAUAGAGACCAAGGCUGACAGAAUGAUAGCCGUGGUAGGUCAUGAACUUGCAGUGUUCACUCCUUCCUUCCCAAAUACGGAGCAGGUGUUCGCUCUAUGGGCUCGCUUACAUCCCGAUGGUUUUAUAGUCAAGGAUAAGGUACUAGUAGGAUCCUAUUUUGCAGUCAUCGCGGCUGCUCUCACCAUCGCCAUAUGGCAGACUAGCCUGGCCUUGCAUGUAGGCAAGCUGAGCGGUAUUGACAUCACCUCUGCGGCGAGCUUGUAUUUAGUGGGCAUUGGAAUAGUCACUACAAUCUUCAAAACAACAAGGGCAGUGGAUUGGAGCUGGUUUGACUUUAUAAGAAUGCAACAUAAGUCACGAGUAUUCAGCUUUACUCAUGAAGAGCGGCAUGUGUCUUAUGGUGACAUAGUAGCUCUAGCAGCCUCUUAUGACGAAAAUGACAAGCAUGCUGUGCUAGGAAAGACUCAUUUAAGUUUCCUUCAGGACCAAGAAUUCACCGGAAACGUCAACUUACCAUGGCCUGUUCCAAUUGGUUCUCUUAUAACGAAUGGCUUUCUACUGCUGAAAGAAUACGGUACCGGCUCAUUGUUGCUAGUAGCGACUACUAGAGGGGUAUACGGUGCAAACUUUAUUUAUGAAUACAGUCCUAACGCCAGGGUGUUCAGAUGUGAGGAACUUACACCUGGGAUAUGCCACAUUAUUCAGGAAGUAACAGACGACUCACUCCGGUUUGGAGAACUGGGUUUUGCCGCCUUACGUGUGAGUUAGGAUGGCAAACAGGUUAAUGAAUUUGGCGAAAAUAUAAAUUUGUAUAAAAAAAAAUAAUCGGUACUUGCAGUCUUGUUGUUUACUUAAAAAUUUAUUCCCAGACCAGAAG